CUGCCGUGGGCGGGGGUCAAAGGUCUGGUCGCGAGCUCUGGGGCCGGUGGCCGUCUUUGAUCCGAUCCUUUUCCCCUCCCGCUGUGCUUCCGGACAGCCAUGGGCCUCCUCUUCUCCCUCUUGUUACUGCUGUCCUUUUUGUCUGACUUGGUGCAAGUUUCACUCGGUUUCCCCCAGUCCUUUGACAGCGAUUUCACUUUCACUCUGCCGGCGGGGCGGAAGGAAUGUUUCUACCAAACCAUGAAGAAAGAUGCCACCCUGGAAAUUGAGUAUCAGGUGAUUGAUGGGGCAGGAUUAGAUGUGGAUUUCUACAUUGCAUCACCGAAUGGAAAUAUUCUGUAUUUUGAUCAGAGGAAAUCUGAUGGAGUACACAGCAUUGAAACUGAGAAUGGAGACUACAUGUUUUGCUUUGACAACUCAUUUAGCUCCAUCUCAGAGAAGAUAGUCUUCUUUGAGCUUAUUCUGGACAAUAUGGAACCCGAGGGUGAUCCAAACAGCUGGAAGGAUUUACUACAAGGAGGGGAAUUGCUCGAUAUGAAACUGGAAGAUAUUCUAGAAUCUAUAAACAGCGUGAAAGGCAGACUUAGUAAAAGCAACCAGAUUCAGGGGCUGCUUCGAGCUUUUGAGGCACGGGAUCGAAAUCUACAAGAAGGAAAUUAUGAUCGGGUAAAUUUCUGGUCAGUGGUGAACCUGGCUGUGAUGCUCAUUGUGUCAGGUCUCCAGGUAUACAUGUUGAAAAAUUUAUUCAAUGACAAGAGAAGAAGCCGUACGUAGCACCUAAAAAUUGAUUGUUAUACCACAGCACAAGACGGUGCCGGGAAGGCCACAAGAUUUAUUUUCAUUGGUGAAUGCAGGAAUUUCCUUUUCUUUUUAAAUACAGUAUAGUUCAACAGGGAACGAAGUAACAGUAUGGUCAAUAUAGAGAAGCAUAAUUGUAAUAAUUUGGGAGAAUGAAUGGACAUGUCUGAACUUCCAAUACUGAAUGGUCCAAACAAAGAACUUAAAGCUUUAAAAUCAUCGACAAACAAACUGGUGAUCUGAUACACAAAUAACAGGAGUAACACUGGGAUACUCAGUGUCAAUAAUCUGCUUUGGUUGGAGGUACUUUACGAAACUAAUUUUCCAAGUUUUGUUGUCUCUUCUGGAAUUAGUACAUGAUUGGGAAACAUAUUUUGGAUGUCUGAAUUUCUCUAUUCAAGGAUAUUGAUGAUCUUUAAAGUAUGAUGCCCUGUUAGAUAAGAGUAACUAUGAAUUGUACCUGAGUGUUUCAUGCUGCACAGCGUGGUUCCAGUGUCAAAGUAAUAAGUAAUUGACUGGGGCUGAAGAUUAACACAUUCAGAUCAUUAAGUCUGCCUUUCAUUUUUAAAAAUUGAUUUGAUUGAUACUAAAGAUGUUUACAGUCGAGAAAUUAUGUAAAAUGUUGUAGCAAAUGUUAGGCACUAUAAAAAGAACAACAUCUUCUUAGCAGAAACUGUGACUCCACAUUCUGCAACGAUUUUAAUUUUAAACAUGAUCCAGUCUUCUAUCAGUCAAUGGAACAGUUAAAUGGAAACCUUAAAACCAAAAUAUAAGGAGACAGCAGCUUAUGAACUGCAUUACUUUUAAAGAUUUGAUAACACUGUAAAUAUUUUCUGUACCAAAGUACUUCACCGAGUUCUCUGUAGUGAUGUUACCUCGUUUGGUUAGAGGAUAACUUCUUAAUCUACGACUGUUGUGAAACUGAGAAAAUGGUUGAUAUUUAUAGCCUUAACCCAUCAGAAAUAUUUUAGAAUAACUGUGAUUUUGACUUAAGGACAAUAUUGCUGAGACAGAAUCAUUGUAAUUUCAUAAAUUUAGUGUGUGUAUACGUAACAUUUGGAAGCAGUAUUAUUUGUAAAAUCUUCAUUGUUGUUUCUUUGGAAACAUUAUUUCGAAAAGACCUGUUUAAUUCCAGUAUGUUUUGAAGAAUUCAAUGACCACUUUCAUUUAUGCCCAGGCUAAACUUGGACAAGCCUGUGUGGCUGUUACGUUUUGCAAAUUUGAAAUGUCCUUUAAAGUCACUUUUCAAUUGAUUAAUUGUUUCUGUGUUAAUUAGAAGAACAAGCAAUAUACAACACAUCUGCCGUAUUACUUUUGACCAGGGUAGUGGGUUAUUUUAGGCUCUAUUUGGAAAAACAAGAUUCACCAGCAAGUUUAGUGGAGGCAUUGAAAUUUGGCUUUUUCCCCAUUAUUAUUUUGGUGAAUCAUAUUUUCUUAAUCCAUCGUAAUUGUAGAUACAAAUGGCUGUAGGUCUAUAAUACUUUGUGUUAUAAACAUGGGAAAUUCUCAUACUGUGGAAUACAGCAGGUCAUGGAAUACCUAAUCUUUAAUUAUACAGGCACCACAAAAACGCUGCAAUAUUUCCAAUGAUUACCCAUUUAAAUUAACGAGUAACUGUUGCAAAUCUUACAAAAGCUGUUGAGCUAUCAUCUCUCAUUGAAGUAUUCUCCUUUAGAGCUGCUACUGUAUGUCCUGAAGGCCAAAUAGCAACUAAGAGCCAAAAAGAAACAUGGUUUGAAUCAGACCAUCUGGUGACUAUUUUUAGAAAUGUGUCUAAAGAGAGGAACAUAAUGUCUGUUUGCUGGUACUAUUUGUGAGGAAAAAUAUUUUUAUCAGUGUCUUUGAUAGCUGCCUGUCCUUGUGUCAACAAAAGGGUUGGGUAAGAUGAUCAUGUUAAUAACAACAAAGUUAUAGCAAUGAUGCAUAUAAUCUUGGUUUUAGCCUUAAGUUUUGUAUUGUGCUAUGCCCUACAACUUUAUUCUGAUUGGACACUACUGUCCAUGUGUCUACUUUAGAUACAAAAGGCCGGUUAGCCUCAUUAACCAUCAGUGAAAGGUGGUCAGCUUGGCAGUAAAAUUUCAAGGGUCAUCUUUUCAAAUAGGUAUCCUUUUUAAAACUAGGUAGGAUCCUCUGAUCCAACGGUACAUAAUCUGUCAAUAUUUGUGCAGAAACAAAAAGGGCUUUGCAUAUAACCAAAUCUAUUAGACUGUUGGAUUUACUGCAGAGACUGAAACUUUUAGGAAGUGCCUCCAUUUUUUUUAAAACAACCUGGACUUGAUGUGAACAGCAAUCAGAGAAAGAGUUGACAGUUAGCAUAGUUCACAACUGCACAUAAUUGUAAUGAAUUCCUGUUAUACAGUAGAUAAAGAAGGGCAAAAACGCAAAUAUGAUCAAGCUCACAAAAAUAGGAAUUGAUCAAAAAAAUUUGCAUAGUAACAUGCAGUAAAAUCGUUAAAAUGUUGAAAUGGUACAUCUGAUAGUGAUUUUCCUUGUCUGAAAUGUGAUUGCCAAGUACUGUGACUUGUGGUUUGUAAAUUUGCUGCUAAGUCCGUUAGUAUUAUAGAUUUUGAUCAGUUCACACUUUGAAUUAUUAGCUGAACACAUGAUUCUUGAAAUUUUCUUGCAUUUCAAGCACAUUUUGCACCAGUAAUAUUUUGAAAACUAGAACUGAAGUGGGUGAACAUCGUGCAGUUUUUGUCCACAGUUAAUAUUUGUAACUGUAACUUCAUACAGUCUCGGGUAUGAUUACAGAUUAUUCUUGUGUCUAUCUGUAUAAUGCAAAAUGUUUGUUCUUCCAGUGUAAACGUGCAUUCAUAUGAGUUUCAGAUACUCUAGUUGGCUGAAGCUUUGCAAGUUAGACUGAGCCAACAAGGCGAACUGCAUUGUUCCGUUGUCUUGAAUAAAUCUUAGAAAUAGGAAAUCUUUCAUAGAACAAAACGUACCAUUCAAAGUGUUGAUUCAAACAGUGGAAAUAAAGCAAUCUCAAUCAUG